AUGAAUUCCAACCGUUGUGCUAUCUGUAGGGCCUUAAAACAAAUUUGUGACCCAAAUUGCAUAUACAAAGCAUAUUUUCCAUCGAACGAUACAAGAUUUGAAGAUGUUCAACAAAUCUUUGGAGCUGCAAAAGUUGCAGAUAUCCUCAAUAGGCUUGGGUCUGAAGAAGAACGUAAGAUUGCUGCCAACUCUUUGUGCUAUGCGGCUGAAGCUCGUAGACGUGAUCCCAAUUCUGGAAUUUAUGGGAUGGUACAACACCAUGAGAGUAUUCUCAAUGAUGUUGAACAAGAAAUCAAAUUUGCAGUGAAUGAGCUUAAAACCAAUGUGGGACCUGAUCAAGUCCCAAAAUUUUUUCAUGUUCCAAUUCCAGAUGAUUUUCUUACUACAUCUGGAAAGAUGGGUGAUGGUCAUAGAGUUGAUGAUGCAUCAACAUCUGCGGGACCAUCUGCAACUUUACCUAAGAAUCAUGAGUAA